CACGUCAGCCUAAAUCUACCGUUGGAAAAACUUCCUUCCAUUCAUUCAUAUUUCAUAAAUCAUAAAUUAAAAUAAAAUUAAAAUCAUCAUCGCAAUUACAAAUAAUUAUAAAGGUCGCUCGCCGGACGGGGAUUCUCUGGCUUUACAAAUCUACAAAACCUUCCAUCCAACAAUCGAACCCACAAUUCCAAUUUAGCCCUAAUUAGGGUUUUCAUUACACCUGAAAUUCUUUUUUUCUUUACCUACCGUUUUGAAAUUACUGGCUCAAGGUUAAGCUUCAAGUGUUGUUCUUGGUUUGAGAGUUAUGGGAAGUACGGAGACGGAUAAGCCCGCUAAGGAGACGAAUGACCCGGCAAAGGAAACUCCAACUUCCCAGGAGCAGUCUUCAGGUAAUGCCAUGGGGGCGGUGCCACCGGAUUGGACAGGGUUUCAGGCUUAUUCUUCAAUGCCUCCACAUGGGUAUUUAGCAGCAAGUCCUCAACCUCAUCCCUACAUGUGGGGUGUUCAGCAUCUUAUGCCACCCUAUGGUACUGCGCCUCAUCCAUAUGUUGCUAUGUAUCCCCAUGGUGGCUUAUACCCUCAUCCAUCUUUGCCUCCGGGAUCAUAUCCUUAUAGUCCAUAUGCAAUGCCCUCUCCAAAUGGUGUCCCUGAGGCUUCUGGUAAUACACCUGCUAGUAUGGAAGUGAAUGGUAAGUCACCCGAGGGGAAGGAAAAACUUCCUAUUAAAAGAUCAAAGGGAAGUCUUGGCAGUUUAAAUAUGACCACAGGCAAAAACAAUGAGCCCAAGAAUGUAGGAGCAUCUGCUAAUGGAUCUUAUCCAAAAAGUGCCGAGAGUGGAAGUGAAGGUUCUAGUGAAGGAAGUGAUGCGAAUUCUGAUAAUAAUUCACAAAUGAUAUCAGGAUCUAGGCAAGAUUCCAUUGAAGGUGAAGCACUUCAAAAUGGAAACGAUGUACAUGGUUCCCAGAAUGGACUGUUCAACCAAUCAAUGACCAUUGUGCCAGUCGCUGCUGCUGGUCCCACUACUAACUUAAAUAUGGGUAUGGAGUACUGGAGUGGUCCAAGUUCAUCCAAUAUUCAUGCAACUCAUGGAAAUAUAACUUCUAUUUCAGUUGCAGGGGGAAUGGUUACUGUUGGAUCAAGGGAGAGCAUGCAACCACAACUCUGGCUACAGGAUGAAAGAGAGCUAAAAAGACAGAGAAGGAAGCAAUCCAAUAGGGAAUCUGCUCGCAGAUCCAGAUUGCGUAAGCAGGCGGAAUGUGACGAGCUAGCUCAGCGGGCAGAGGCCUUGAACGAAGAAAAUGCUUCUCUUAGGGCAGAAGUAAGUCGCAUUAGGAAUGAUUAUGAGCAGCUUCUUGCUGAAAACGCAUCUCUUAAGGAGAGGCUAGGGGAAAUUCCUGGGCAAGAAGAAGCUAGAAAUGAGCAAAAUAUGAUUAAUCAAGAUGGUCAAAGUGAACCUGUGCAGAGUGGUUAACGAUGUUCUGGCCAUCUUAUAUUUUUCAGGGUGAUUAACCUAACUGAACGAAGUUAGUUGCACAUGUUUCUAUGUGGUAGGAUGUAGUAGAAUAGCCAUUGAUCUGACCUAUUUUUCUCACGAUCCUUUUAGAUGGCAGGAUAUUUAUCAGAUAAUAUUACUUGUAACUAUCCUCAUUAUUGUGAAUCAACUAAUCUUUUGAGGUUGAGGUAGCUGGAUAACUAGUUCUAGUUGAAUGUGAUCUUCAUGCCCUUACACAGGGUAGAUCUUAGCCUUCUGGAUAUUGUACUGUCUAAAUAUGGUUGAUAAAUAUGCCAUCCAACGUUUAUGCA